ACGUCACUUCCGUUCAGGCCGGAACCCAAGAUGGCUGCGCUGUUGUUGAGACAUGUUGGCCGCCACUGCCUCCGAGCCCAGCUCAGUCCUCGGCUCUGUGUCAGAAAUGCUGUUCCUUUGGGAACCACAGCCAAGGAAGAGAUGGAGAGGUUCUGGAAUAAGAACCUGGGAUCAAACCGUCCUCUGUCCCCUCACAUCACGAUCUACAGGUGGUCUCUUCCCAUGGCGAUGUCCAUUUGCCACCGCGGCACCGGCAUAGCCCUGAGUGCAGGGGUCUGUCUGUUUGGCCUGUCGGCCCUGGUGCUGCCUGGGAACUUCGAGUCUCACCUGGAACUGGUGAAGUCGCUGGGUCUGGGGCCUGCGCUGACCCACACAGCCAAGUUUGCUCUCGCCUUCCCUCUCGCCUACCACACCUGGAACGGGGUCCGGCACCUGAUGUGGGACCUUGGGAAAGGCCUGAAGACCCCGCAGCUGUACCAGUCGGGCGUGGUGGUCCUGGCUCUCACGGUGCUGUCCGCCCUGGGGCUGGCGGCCCUGUGAGCAGCCGCGUCCCCGCUCCGCCCUCCCACAGACGAUUAGUGGGCCUGAUUUGCUUUGGUCGCCCUCCCUGCAGCCCAGGCAGCGUCUCCCGCCGUGUCCGACCCCUUUGUGCUUGCAGUUGCCCUUGGAGCUCGGCCGCAGAGUCCCCUAGAGAAGCGCAGCCGUGGAGCGGGGCCCAGUGUCCCUUGUUUCUAAAGAUGGAAUCUCACAGAGACUCCCUUCUGCCGCCCCCGCGGACAGCCCGCCCGGGGCCCGGGGACCCUCAUUCCCUCUGCCCUGGGCCGUGGUUUGUGCUGAGGGUCAGCUCUUGGCUCCUUCCUCCUGAGACAGUGGCAACAAAGCCAGCUCUGUGGCCCUGUCUGGGGGGCUGGGGGUGGGGCUCCGGGUGCCGCUGCCUGUGGGCUGCUGGCGCGCAGGACAGUUCUGCCCACGGCCGAGCCCAGGGUCCCCCGCACUCAUGCGGUGCGGGCUGAGGGGUGACCUGUCGCGGCUGGAGGGGGGGAAGGAGGGUGAGUUGGCUCUUGGAGGAGGUGCUUUGGGGAGAAGAUGCAUAGUUUUUGAUGCAAGAGAAAGAUCCAGAAAAUUAUUUUGAACCUUUUAAGGAUUAUUUUUUUUCCUCGCAAUUUCAGAAAAACAAGCCUCUUAUUGUCAUGUUUUCUAAUCCGAAUUCAUGUGAUAAUCUUUUUCUGAAAUUAUUAAAAUACUCAUUUCA